AUGUGGUAUUGGUGUGCUGGAUAUCCCUUCACUAGUAUUCUGGUAACAUACACUCCCAGGUCUUUCUCUGCCUCUGUGGUGGAUAGUGGAGUGUUUCCCAUGUGGUAUUGGUGUGCUGGAUAUCCCUUCACUGGUAGCCUGGUUACAUACACUCCCAGGUCUUUCUCUGCCUCUGUGGUGGAUAGUGGAGUGUUUCCCAUGUGGUAUUGGUGUGCUGGAUAUCCCUUCACUGGUAGCCUGGUCACAUACACUCCCAGGUCUUUCUCUGCCUCUGUGGUGGAUAGUGGAGUGUUUCCCAUGUGGUAUUGGUGUGCUGGAUAUCCCUUCACUGGUAGCCUGGUUACAUACACUCCCAGGUCUUUCUCUGCCUCUGUGGUGGAUAGUGGAGUGUUUCCCAUGUGGUAUUGGUGUGCUGGAUAUCCCUUCACUGGUAGCCCGGUAACAGACACUCCCAGGUCUUUCUCUGCCUCUGUGGUGGAUAGUGGAGUGUUUCCCAUGUGGUAUUGGUGGGCUGGAUAUCCCUUCACUGGUAGCCUGGUUACAUACACUCCCAGGUCUUUCUCUGUCUCUGUGGUGGAUAAUGGAGUGUUUCCCAUGUGGUAUUGGUGUGCUGGAUAUCCCUUCACUGGUAGCCUGGUAUCAUACACUCCCAGGUCUUUCUCUGCCUCUGUGGUGGAUAAUGGAGUGUUUCCCAUGUGGUAUUGGUGUGCUGGAUAUCCCUUCACUGAUAGCCUGGUAACAUACACUCCCAGGUCUUUCUGUGCCUCUGUGGUGGAUAGUGGAGUGUUUCCCAUGUGGUAUUGGCAGAGCUGGGCACUUCCGAACAUCAGUCCGAUCGUCCGAUCUUCCGAUCUGAUCGGAACAGCACUUGACGAUCGGAAUGCAAAGAUUGGAUCAUCGUUGUAA